AUGUCCUCCCUUGCUGGUGCCUUGGAUCCGCCGGUUCCUGCUCCGAAAGAGAGUCCCAAGGAAGAGGAUGUUCCUAUGGAGCUCCCUGAUACUGUUCUAGAUGCUGAAAGUGAGUCUAAGGAUGAAGAAAUGCAUGACCUCUUUGGCGAAGCGGAAGACGACAACGUGAAUAUUGUCAAACACGAUGAGGCAACAACACCCGCGUCCUCGGAGCCUGCUGAGCCCCUGGAUGGACUCACGUCUCCAGAGCGGCGGCACCGACAAGAUAUGGAAUAUGCGGAGGCAGAACAGGAUGAAGGCGAGCCCGUCAUUAAUCAAGUCUUGGAGGCCGAUGCACCUAUUCCAAAUAUUCCCGUGCCACGCAGCUCGGACGGAAAUUAUUGGGUUAUACGUAUGCCUAACUUUGUGAAAGUUGAUUCCAAACCAUUCCAUCCGGAUACAUAUAUUGGACCCGAACAGGAGGAUGAAGAUGCGCAACAUGCGGAGACCGUAAGAGAAAAGAGCAUGACUAUCAAGCUCAAAGUGGAAAAUACCGUCCGAUGGCGGUGGGUGAAGGAUGGAAAUGGUGAAGAUCGACGGCAAUCGAAUGGUCGAAUAGUUCGCUGGUCAGAUGGUACUCUAAGUCUGCAACUCGGGAAGGAACUAUUCGAUAUUACUCAACAGGUCGAUACAUCUGGCGCCAUGCCACGGCAAGCAUUUGGUGGCUCACAGCAGGGCUCGCAAAGCCAACCAACAGCCUCUCAGCCAACAGCACCGGGUCGGUCACAAGGGCUCACAUAUCUUGUUGCUCAACAUAAACGGGCCGAGAUCUUGCAAUGCGAAGCACUCGUCACCGGCUACAUGUCGUUAAGGCCAACAGGUAUGCAGUCUGAGACACACCGGAUGUUGGUGCGUGCAGUAGGUCAGAAACAUAACAAAGUUGCGCGCCUACGGAUGGCGCCCGAUCCGACGACGGAUCCUGAGCGUGAAAAACUGGAGAUGAUGAAGCAGGCAGCGCGCAAGCCGAGGAAGGUGCGGGGCGAGGAUGAUGUCCUCGGAGCACGUCGGCGACGUGCCAGUUACACCAGGAAGCGGACGGGAGACGACAUGUGGUCGGACGACGAGGAAGAUGCAGUGUUCGGAGGUGGAUCGGAAGACGAAUACGGAGACGAAGGUGCGGCAGGAGGUAGAGGCGCAAAGCGGCGGAAAUCGGGGCAAGAAGAGGACGGCAAGAAGGGUCCGGGCGAAUACCAAACCGACGACUUCCUCGUGGCCGAUUCCGACGAGGACGGGGCGUUUGGAGAUUCAGAUGAUGAUGGUGGUAAACCCAAGCGAUCGCGGCGAAGUAAGGCGGAAGACGAGGACGCGGAAGAGGAUGAUCUGGAGAAGUUGGAGUCGCAAAUUCAACGACGGGAGGCGGAGGAAAGAAAACGUAGGAAAGACUCGGGCAAGCGUGGAGCCGAGGCAUCGUCAGAUCAGGAAGCUCCUGAUGAUGGUGAAGGUGAAGGGCAAAUGGAAGUCGAAAGUGAGGAAGACGACGGAUUUGGUGUGCGGCGUCAAUCAGCUCCUUCGCGGAGGAGGAAGGUGGUUGGGCCAGACGAGGAGGACGAAGAGUGA